AUGAUGAUCCCUAGAUACAUAAAUCAAAUAUCGAGAAAAGUAGUUACUUCAAGACUAUUUCAGACAUCUGCUCGAAUCAAUAAUGAAGGAUCCUUAUUCGGAUCUCUUAUUUCCAAUACCGUUGACAAGGACAAACCUACUGGGGAUAGAGUUUUGGACAAUAUUAGUGAUAGAUUAGAAAUGUCUAUGGAAGACGAAGGCGAGGAAACAGAAAACACAUUAAAAAAGACUUUAACACCUGAACGUGAUAAACAGUUACAAGAUUUUAUUAAAUCUCAGAGACCUUAUGAAAGGCCUGCCAAGGAUAUUUUACUAUCUCCUUUAAAAAGACAAAUCUAUGAAUUAAAUUGUCGUAAGAAUGGUGGGUUCUAUAGGAGAGACACUAUUGUUAAAUUACCUGAAACUAAUGAAAAAUACAAAUUGCAUUUGACUCGUGAAGAAAUUGAGGCUCUAGAACCUUCUAUCUAUUUACAGUCAUACAGAAUUAAAUCUACUAUGAAAAAAACAACAAAAUUCUUAAGGAUGUUUCAAGGUAUGGAUUUGAAGAAGGGUAUCACGCAAUGUCAUUUUAGUAAGAAAGCUUUAGGAAAAGAAGUUGGUGAUUUGCUUGAACGUGGCAUUGAAGAUGCCAAAACUUUAGGUUUGGAUGCCAAUGACCUAUAUAUUGCUGAAAUAUGGACCGGAAGUGAUGGUGCUUGGAUGAAACGUAUAGACAUCAAAGGUCGUGGUCGUAUGGGUAUUAUAAAACACAGAUAUAUCCAUGUCAAAUGUAUAUUAAAGAGUAAACAAAUCACUUUAAAGAGAUUAGAAUACGAAAAACAAUUAAAACAAGGGAAGAAGAAACCAUGGGUUCAAUUAGCUAAUGAACCAAUUAGAGGAGUUAUGGGUGGAGCUUACCGUUGGUGA